AUGUCUGUGUGUAACAUAAUGCAAGAGAUGCCUUUAGAUUUGAGCUGUCGAAAUUCCGAAAGGAAAAUAAAUUUAAAUUCAUCAAAGUUUCAAAAAUCUUGUUUAUCUUGUCAAACGUGUGGCAAAAACUUUGACAGACCGUCUUUGCUCAAAAGGCAUCUACGAACUCAUACAGGUGAAAAACCACAUGGUUGCACUGUGUGUGGAAAAAUGUUCAGUACAAGUAGCUCGUUGAAUACACAUGUCAGAAUACAUACUGGAGAACGGCCACACGAAUGUCUCAUUUGCGGGAAACGUUUCACGGCUUCAUCGAAUUUAUAUUAUCAUCGAAUGACUCAUUAUAAGGAAAAACCUCAUAAAUGCAAUGAAUGCGGUCGCUCUUUUCCAACUCCUGGUGAUUUAAAGGCCCAUGGGUAUUCUCAUAGUGGUAACUGGCCUAUCCGAUGUUCGAUUUGCAAUCGGGGAUUUUGCAAACCUGGAGCUCUACAUCACCAUAUGCAAGUGCACAUAGGAAGUCGAUCGUAUCAUUGUAAUAUAUGCAAAAAACAAUUUUCUAUGAUGAAUAAUUUACGAUCACACGAACGAUCUCACGAUUUCAAUGUGAUAAAUCGAAAUAUCGUUAAUUGUUUAAACAUAGAAAAUAAUAGAGCAACGAUAACUGCAUUUACUUUCGAAGAAGUAACUAAAAGUCAAUUUCCCGCAAUUUAUUCUUGGACUUCAUGGAUACCAUUCCACUAUUAA